UGCCACUCCCAAAAUCAAAACCAUUUUGCUUUUCGGUUCAGUGUCGACAUUAAUGACGAAACAUAUUGUUAAUGGCGGAAAAGAGAUCAUUGAGGAGGAGAAUGCAUUAAUCACUUCAUCAUCUUCAUUGCAAAAUAUGCCUCUCUUAUCUCUAAAUCACGUCUCCUUCAUCUGCAAAUCCGUUAGUAGAUCCGUCAAGUUUUACAGUGACGUCCUGGGAUUCGUUCUUAUUAGACGUCCCACCUCCUUCGACUUCGAAGGUGCUUGGUUGUUCAACGAUGGGAUUGGCAUACAUUUGCUAGAAGUGGACACGACUCCUACAAAAACAAGAGCUAUCAAUCCAAAAGACAACCACAUUUCGUUUCAGUGUACAGAUAUGGAUCUCAUAAUCAAGAAACUUGAGGGAUUGGGUAUCAAGUAUGUGACAGCGAUGGUGAAAGAAGGUGGCAUGGAGGUGAACCAGUUAUUCUUCCAUGAUCCAGAUGGUUAUAUGAUUGAGAUCUGCAAUUGUCAUGUUCUUCCUGUGCUUCCGAUCACCUCAUGCUCCCUGAAAAAGCUCCCAGCAGCUUUAAAUAUCAACAAUGGCGAAUCCUCCUUGUACGAGAAAAUGAGCUCCAAGAAUUACUAUUGUGGAGAAGAUGAAGUGUUGAUGAUGGACAGUUUUUUAAUUGACAUGAUGGAUAUCUCCUUUUAAUUAAGAUCAAAGAAAAGAAAAUUAAAUAGAGUGAGCUGGAUUGAGCAUGAUUUUUUGUAUCGUUUGCUAAAUGUUUCUUUAGAGAGUUAUUAAUCUUUGUGUACGUAAUUGUGUAAUACUAGUGGAAGAAGAAAGAAAAAUCAUAUGUAAAAAUUGCAUUUGUUUCUUCGAAUCCAAUACGUAAGUAAAUGUUGAUGUAAUUAUCGAUUUUUUAUA